AAGAAAAUCUAACAGGUGAAAGAAGCUUUUCUUGGAUCAUUAGAACAAAUUACAGCAAAGAAAUAACAAAUACGUUUGAGGUUUGGGGUUGAGGUUGAGUUUAUUAGCCUAUGUAACAUUUAGCACAUUGUUAGCCAUGUGUUACUGUUACUAUAGUAUAGUAACAUUAAGCUUAUUGGGGACGCCGCUAACAAUUCUUUUUCAUUAAACAUCAGAAGACAGUGAUAAAUACUCGGCACACUAUCGUUCAGCACCAGGUGGUGUCAUAACAUGUUUUGUUUGAAAAACAGUCCUGAAAAUUAUUCAAUUUAUUAUUUCAGACAAAGAAAAACUGCAAAUUUAAAAAGCUAGAGCCAUUAGAUUGUUACUCUUUUCUUCUUAAAAAUGAAACAAUCAUCAAAAUAGUUUUCUGUCAGUUGACUAAUCAUUGCAGCACUGAAGCAUAUUUGCAUGGAAAAACUGCCAUGCUAGCAUGCUAUAUUAGCAUUAAUUUCAAAGUACAGCUAAUGCAGACAAGAACGCUGUCUUUGGUUUUAGAGGUAUGCAGCUAUGAAUUGAAGUUCGGGUACAGAGAUCCAGAACAACCAAACUUUAAAAUCCUCCUAAAUUUAGUGAAAGCACCAUUUUUUUCCUAAUCUUGAAUUACAAGGUUUUCAAAACUGUAUCCCACUCUGCUUCACAGUGAGAACUCUCACUUUUAUUACAUAGGUAAACAUUUGGACUUGUCCACUGUUGUAUUGCAACCUUUUACUAAAGAACAGGGUUUGAUUUCAUCUUCAUCAUGACUAGUUCUUUUCCGAUACGUCAGACUUGAUCAGCGGCUGCGGGCCUCAUGCAGAUGAUGUCAUCGAAAACUGAUCGGGCUUUAGCAGGAUGCUGACCCACCACACCAGCCCUUUAAUGAGCUCAGCUACUCCAUUUGUUUGUGGUCCUCCACUCUAUCUUUGGCAGGCUCUCCACUUCCUUUUUGAAUGCUAGGAGAGUGUUUGCGGCGCGAUGGUUUCAGAGGUUUAGGGCGCUCUGCCCGUCCAGUACGCCACUGUUUGACAGAGUCGACAGGAAAAACGGAGAGGGGGAGGGGCUCUGCAGACAGGCCGACGGCGAGAAAGAGACUAAUUGAUCAGGACGACUGGGGGAGAGAACCAGGGCAAGUGGCGUAGAGGCAUUAGCACUGUGGAAGUCAUGGGAGGAGGUGAUUCUUUUAAAUAGCUCGACAAUUCGACCGAUACGAGUUUCAGAAGGCUGAUACUGAGCAUGCUGGACACAAGAUGUUCAUUUAUUUCAUUUGCUCACCCUCCAUAUUUAUAUUUUUGCCUUCAAAUCUACUACAGCUUCAAGAUAUUUUUCAAAUAAAUUCAGUUAAUGUUCAGUUAAAGACUAAAUCUUCACAUGGCUUAAGUGGUGGAAAGCAGCAGCUCCCUUAAAGCUCCUGUGAAGUUGCAGAAGGGAGGUUUUUAGCUUCAGCUGCUGGAAACUGGUUGGAGUGGAGCCAUUUGAGUCAUUAGAAGGGGGAGUCAAUCAGGACGUGGUCAAUGCUUAAUUAAUGCUUAAGUAAUUUACUAAAGCUGUACACAUCAGUUAUAAGACAAACUGUUGGGUUGCCAGGUUGUGAAAUAUCUCUCCGGCUGGUGUCAAUCCACACCAAACGACUGUUUGACCCCUGUGUUGAUCUCCAGUUUUGGUGAUGUAAGAAAAUAGUGAAAAAUACCUGUAAUAAUUUCCUGCUUCCCAGGGAAGUGUAUUCAUUUUGCUUUUGCUUUUAUUGGACCAACAGUCCAAACUGUCAAUUUACUAUCAUAAAUGACAACACAUCAAAUACUCACAUUUUGGAAGCUGGAAUGAAGUUUGUCAGAAAAAUGGAUGGAUUUAUUGCCUGAUUGUUGCAGCUAUUUUUUGACGUACUCACAUUUAUAAGUAGGGACUUGUGAUCUUAUUAAAAAGUGAAAAACACAACUCAUUUUUAUCAAUGACUUUAGAAACAUUGCUUACAGAAGUCAGCAAAGGGAUUUUUCACAACCCAAAGGUUCUUGUUAAUGACACAUAACCGAUGUACUGUAGAGCAUAAGUUCAUUUUGUAUGUUGUAUAUAAGAAGAGUAAAACUGAAUUCCUGUAAUAGAGGUUUUUUAAAUAUGUAUUACGUGAAUGGGUGCCAUACUAUCAGACAGCAGGUAAAAUCCACAAGUAAAUUCAGAGACAGUCCCAGCUCAGUCCCGCACCCCUCCUAAACAAAACCAUGUUUUAGAAGCAGUUCACCCAGCCCUCCCUGCUCUCAGCACGAUCCCAUUCUCCUUCCGAGCCCUGGGGACCUGGUAUUGAUCGGUGCCUCGUAGGUAGUGAUUGGACAUGAGUGGAUAAUUUCCUUUGCUGCAUUAGAGUCCAUUACUGGCCCACUCCCCGGAAAGCGAUAGACAUCGCCCAAAAAAAAAAAAAAAAAAAAAACCAGAAGAUUCUUCUUGGAAAAGCAGUCUCCUCCAACAAAUGAUUCACCAGCUCCUUGAACUUUAUUAUCAGGUCCAUUUGGAGGUUGAUAAUGAAAUAUGGGGAAACAACAAAGCAGGUCAUGGCAAUAUUUUUGACAAUUUGAGUCCUUUUCAAAAGCCCAGAGCAGUGGACAGUUCUGAGGGUGUCACAUUUGUUCAAGAGACUGAGAAAAACAUUAGUCCAGUUGGAAUUAAAAUCUUUUUAAUCAGUUGUUUUCAUGUUUUAAUCAGAGCACAACUAAUUGAGUCUUGAAUGUCUUUCUCAGUUCACCUCAGGAAGGUUCGGUAUACUCUGCAAAUCAUUACUCAUUCAUGCAGUCUAGGGAUUUUGACUGGCAACUUUCCUAUCAUAAGAUACAUGAAUAGUAUACUUCAUGAAUAUUAAGUGGCAAUGCUUUUGGAUAUUUGGUCUCUACAAAUGAAGUGGGACAGGAGCUGUCGAUUGCAGAAAAGUGGGGGAAUUGUAUAUGUGAAAUAUGGCAAAUACAGGAACCCAGGGGUACAAAGAACACAAAAAAAAAUGCUUGGAUUGGCAACUAAUUAAAUAAUAAUUAGCGUGGAUGAUUAUUUGUGUUAUCACUGACCCAUUUAGGACCCCCCCCCCCUUUCUACUGUCAUUUCAUGCGUUAUUGUAGAUUUGGUUGUACCACCAGAAGUGGUUUUUCGAAGGGCUACGGAUAUUUGAAAGGUUUAUUUUCUUCAUGUGAAACAUUUAAAAUCACAGCACAGAUGGAAGUGAUGUCCCAGAUUGUAACAUGGUCUGCAGACUCAAGCUCAAAUUAUUUCUCUGUCUCUCCUUACCUAUAAUGAAAAGUUAAUACAACAGCCCUGUUUCCUUUUAAAAACUCUACAGAGGUGGACGCUGCUCCAGUAAAGCUCAUUAGACUAAUAUGUUGCAACUGCAACUUGAAGAAUGUCUUACCUGAUUGGGCUCUAGGAAUAGCAGAAUAUUCAGCUAUUGCUUUCCCUUCUACAGAAUCUGUUAUUUAGAAAGAGGAAGAAAAAGGUCUUUGAACCCUUUGGAAUUACCUGGUUUUCUGGUCAUGUGAUGUAAUCUUCAUCCAAGUCACAAGUGUGGACAAACUUAAGCUAAUAUCACACAAACAAUUCUAAUUGUGUGUGUCUUUAUUGAGCACAGCCACAGUGCUGGUGGAAAAAGUAAAUGAACGCUUGGAUUUAAUAACUGGUUAAUAACUUUGGCAGCAAUAACCUCGACCCAGCUCUUCCAGUAGCUGCAGAUCAGACCUGCUCAAUGUUCAGGAGGAGUUUUGGACAUUCAUCCUCAUAGAACUGCUCCAGCUCAGACAUAUGUCUGGUGUGAGCAGCUCUCUUUCACUCGUUCCAUAUCAUUUCUACUUGAUCAAGGUCUGGGCUCUGAAGGGCCAUUACUUCAAUGUUUUGGGUAAUUUUCCGGCUGCAUCACCCAGCUUCUUCUCAGCCUCAGCAGGUGGACAGCCACCCUGACAUUAUCCUGGAAGAAACCUUGAUAAACUUGAUGUCGAGCUGUCCAGACCCAGAGGCAGCAAAGCCUCAAAUCAUGAUUCUUCCUCCGCCCUGCUUCACCUCUGGGAUGAUAUUUUCAUGUUGGUAUGUAGUGCCCUCUAACUGUAUGUUCUUCCCAAACAAUUCAACCUUAGUCACAUCAGUCCAUCAAACAUUUACCCACUGGUAUUGUCAAUAUUCAAGCUGUUCUCUGACAAACUUGAGGUACAGUGGUGAUUAUUAUUUUUAUUUUUAUUUUGUAGGGGCUUCCUCUGUAAUAGCCUGCCAUGGGCUCCAUGCUCGAUGAUUUUGCAGAAUGUCAUUACGCAGGCAGGUUGAAGUAUGGAGGAACCAGGAGGGAAAAGGAGGAGGUACGAUAUUAGGAUUUUUUUAUUUUUUUAUUUUUUUAAAUCUCAAAACCAAGUAAAUUGUGAACCACUAGAAAAUGCUUUUGAGUUUACUUUUCAAUGUGUUGUUUGCUAAUGAGUCUUGAGGUAAUUUUGUCUUACUAUUAAAGCUUGCUAGCUCGUUAAGACAGCAGAUAACAGCAGUGCGGGACAUUUAAAUUUGAGAGCCUUAAUGUAUUAUAGUUCGAACUGGCACCAGGUGCCUGAAUUGAGUGUUUCUCUUUACAAAAAAAAGAAGAUAUUUCCAGCAUAAAUUGGUGCAUAAAAGUUAACCAGAAUGCAUGAAAUGAAGUGUUUGAUGCUCAAAAUUAGUAAGACUGGGCCAUAGUGGAAAAUGUUUAUUGGUUGUGUUGAUUUGCAUUGGUUGUAACCAGUGUUUAUCUCACUGGCUGAAAUGAUGAAUUAAAUAAUAUGUAAAAAAUAACACAUUUGAUUGCAGCUUCUCAAAUUUGAAGAUUUGCUGUGUCACAUAGUAUCUAUUUGUAUCACUGUAUAUAGGGUAAUUUGGGUGUUUGACCUUUCAUUUGACAAAAUAAGCCGAUUUGUCAUUUUGACUAAAAAGUAAUUGGUCGUAAAUUUAUUGUGGAACCCCCUAAAGGACAGCUGUGAAACCCCACUUAGAAAACUACUGAUUUAAGCCAUCAGUGACAGGUAGACUUCAUUGAGCUCAAUAUAGUACAGUUAUUUAAUUAAUCCUCAUUUUGUUGUGAAUCUGUUUCAGAGACAUUCUUUCUGUCUUGUUUUGCUCAAAAGCACUUCAGAAAGGCAAAUGUUUAGUGGCUGUUUUGGCUUUUAAAAGAUGGUCUUUGACCAGGGACCAUACUGCUGUUAUAUAAUUGCAAACCUCCAUUAUUAGUAGGUAGUAGGAGGAGAUGGAGAAAAAUCUAGCUUCUGCGAAUGGCACUAAAUGCUGUUAUAGACAUUUAAAAACCGUCUCAGAGAUCCAUGUGACCACUUCAGGGACACUUAAAACCCCUUGAAAGAAACUUUCCAGUAACGUCAGGCACCCCUGGGACCCCCUUUUUUACCCAUAUAACCUCUGAAGAAACUGUCUUACUCCACCAAAGACCCCAUAAGUGGCAAGAAAACUUUAAAUGAAACACUGUGACCCCUCCCAGGACCGCUGUGAUCCCUCAACAAGACCAAGAACUCCCUAAAGAAACCCCGUGACCUAAACCAGGCGGGUUGACCGGACUGCACUGCUGCUGCUGCUGUGAAUGUGAUGCAGCUCAUGUCUUUCGUCCAGGCGGCUGUGCAGAAGUAGUGCGUGCAUGGGUCUGGAAAGUUAUCUCCUUCAUCAUAUUAAUGGGGUAAUAAUGUGAUUGAUUGGUCAUCUCCCUGGGGAAAUUGUCUUUUGUGCUUCCUGAGAGGGCAAGACUCAUCAGAGAACUUGCUGCUGACUUGAAGGAUUCUUGCUCAAGAGCCCUUCAGCAGGGCGAAUACUCGGCCACAUCUGAGGGAGGGGGUUCACCCCGGCUCGUCCCGUUCAGAAGGUUCUUACCCUACCGCUGCUGUGUAGCCGACGGCUUCCUCGGUGGGGACUAAAGAGGCGGAGGCGGAGGGGGAGGAAGGGAAGAGGAAGAGGGAAAAUCCGGCGCUUCAGGACGGUUGAGUCCCGUUGCGAUGCAUGGAGGCUGCUUGGAAAUGCUCCCCGGGUCUCCGGAGCGCAUGAGGCGGUUUCAGCCGACCGACGGGCCGCAGCACCGGGGGGAUUCGGCUGCUGAUCCGCAGCUCUGCCGAGCUGCCUCACUCUAGGUUCGGCUACAGGAGCACGGCUCGGUUCCGUAUCCACGGAACGGAGGCAUAUUCUCCGAUAGCACCGUGAUCUGGGAGGCUAAAGGCUGCAUCACAUCCCUGCGUUGCAGUGGUGGUGGAUACUCUGAAAGCUUGUCGGUGGCAUCUAUGCAAUUUUAUUUCGACUUUUCAUUUUAUUAUGAGCACAGAGGAGGGAGAGGCGGGUCCAGCUUGUGCAGAGGCGAGGGGAGGCACUGCCAUCACCCACCGCCACACCUGGGAGGAAGGCGAACCGCACGGCUCCCAAGGACGUCCGCAUCCCGACGAUGAGGACGAGACGGAGCAGGGAGAGGAGCAAGGAGAAGGAGAGGGCCGAAGCUGUAGGGAUACAUGUGGGGGAACCGCAGAGAAAUUCAAUGGAGAGAACAACGGGGGGAAUUUUUCCAGUGAGGAUGGGGCGGUCGGGGGCACAUCGUGCAAGACGCAGGCGAUGCAUUCAAACUGCAGCAGCGAAACCUGCAUCCCCACUCCCAGCUGCCGGAUCUGCUUCCAAGGCGCAGAGCAGGGUGACUUGUUGAACCCAUGUCGGUGUGACGGCUCAGUGCGUUACACCCACCAGCACUGCCUGCUGAAGUGGAUCAGUGAGAGGGGCUGCUGGACCUGUGAGCUCUGCUGCUAUCGCUUCCACGUCAUCGCCAUCAACAUGAAGAGACCGUGGCAGUGGCAGUCCAUCACCAUCACCCUGGUGGAGAAGGUGCAGAUCAUUGCUGUGUUCCUGGGCUCAUUGUUUUUGGUGGCCAGCAUCUCCUGGCUGCUGUGGUCGGCUCUCAGCCCGCAGGCCGUCUGGCAGCGCCGCGACAUCCUCUUUCAGAUCUGCUACGGCAUGUAUGGCUUCAUGGACCUGGUCUGCGUAGGCUUGAUUGUCCAUGAGGGGGCAGCAGUGUACAAUGUCUUCAUGCGGUGGCGGGCCGUAAACCUCCACUGGGACGUUCAGAGCUAUGACAAGGCCAAGGACAUGGAGGAGACGAGCACCGGUCACUCCUCGUUGGCCCCCAGGACGCUUUGGUUGCCCCUGGUCACCUUUGGGCCCAGUGGCCCCUUACAGUCCACCCACCUGGGACCGCAGCCAUGGACUUGCCUCUGUUUGGCCCCCUUCUGUCCCAGGCUAGUGGCCCGAAACAACCUCAGUCAGGACAGUGAGUCAGGAGAGGUUGUUAUUCGUGUAACAUCGGUCUAACACCAGGCGGUAUUUAUGCAGGAAUAAGACAUCUGAUGGUUUGUGCUUGGUGGUAACAACCUGAGUUUUGCUGGGAUUACACACAAUCUGUUGUUUCUUUUCUUUUUCUUUUUUUUUUUUUGCAGAUUUUCCUUUUUCUACAUGAUUUCUGCUCUGAGGCAGGUCCUCAAAACAUUCUCAACAGUUUAAUUAACUCACAUGUGGUGUUGUUGCCCUUAUGUUUGAUUGCUGAACAGACAGACAUCAACCACACUCCUUCUUUUUCCAGAAUAUUGUGCAGCAUUCAUGUCAUGUGGGAUGGAAGGUAGUGAUGGGAAACAUGGUCAGAUUUACAAGAAUUGUAAAUUCUGGUAACACUUUGCCACAGUGCCAUAAUUUCCUGCAGUUUCAUUGAAAGUAACUGAUAUGUCAGAUUUACAAGAAUUGUAAAUCUGAUAAUCACAUUUCAUGACGGUUUGGGAUCGCAGAGUUGGCUGUGUGAUAGUUAAUAAAUACUGUGCAUGGCCAAUAUAGCACUACAUCCCUUAAAUUUGAUUUUAACAACCUUGAAAAAUGAACUUUCGGCAUCUGCGCUUGUUUGCUUUUUUAGGCACUUCUGCAUUAUUUUGCGACAGGUAGAAUUUGUGGGAAAUCAUGACUGGAAUGUCGACAUGAACGAGCCGGCGGUUACAGAAGUUACCACAUGACAUGAAUGCAGCAUUAAGGCUGAUGUGUACUGAGACAAAAUAUCUUUAAAAUAUCUUUGGAUAUAACACUUUGCCACAGUGCCACAAUUUCCUGCAGUUUCAUUGAAAGGAACUGAUAUGUAACUGCACACUUCAAAUCUCCAAUAAUUCAUUAAUAAUGAAUGAAACUUUACCUAGGUUUCCUUCCUUGAAAUGGAUCAGUUACGAAGAGAUUUUUCUUGAAAUGAACAGCCUAUGCAUAAAUUCAACACUAUCAGAUACCUGCCUCAGAACUUAGUUUCUAUUUUCCUUGUAUUUGUUACCAAAUAAUUAGAAGCACUGAAGCAGCAAGACUAAAUGUCGCAUCCAAAUGAAGAUGUAAUGCUCAUCACACAUCAGCACACACUUCCUGGGUAACUGUAAAAGGGAGAAAACUUCUAUUCUUGGACACUUGCCACCAGUGGUGCAAAAAACUUUUAUCUGUCUAACCAAGACUUUAGAGGUGUGUUGAGACAGCAUAAAGAUAAGCUCCAAGCAUUGUAAAUUCAAUUGAAAACUUUUCCAUGUUAGUUUAAAGCUCGAUAUUUUCCUCUUCUCCUGUGUUUUUCUUGAAGUGUUGAUCCAUAAGAUAUAUUUUGGUUUUAAGAACCAAAAACCAUCUCAAUGUAGUUUUACAUCUCCUCUCUCAGGCUUCUCUCUGAAGCUCUGAGCCUCUUUUCUGAUUGGCUGACUGUUUUCUGAGUGAUAUAAUAAAAAUAUAGCAGAUUUCAGGUAAACACUCAGAGAAACUAAAUACUGCAAGUUUGGAUGGUGGGCCCAGGGGGGUAGGACUUGGGGCUUGGCUGAGAGUGGUGACUGCUUUGUUGUGACAUCACAAAGUUCCAGAAGUCCUGACGGCUGGUUUUAAGGCUCAGUUUCUGAAUACAGGCUGUGUGCAUUUCUCUGUGGACUGAGCGCUUUGAUACUUUCACAGUAUUAAUAUAGAACCUAGACCUGCUUUAUGAUCAAACAACACAUGGACAUCUACCUUUAUAAUAUAUGGACCUUUAAAAAAUUUCUACUUAGAGUGACAAUCUGAGCUUGUCCCAAAGCUGCAGGAGUCUGCCCUGAGUGAAAUGGAGGGAAAAUAAGUGAAACAAUUGGAGCUUCUGCUAAUUUCUGAAAUGUCACACAUAGACACUCAGUCAUUUGGAAAAACAAUCGACCAAUCAGAGCUUUGUAGGCAGGAUACAAGAUUAUAAAAUAAUACAACAAAAAUAUUACAAGUUACAUUCAGCAGGUUAUCGUCAGUAGACUUAUAGAGAUAACUCUUAAAUUUCUUUGGUUUAUACAAACAAGUUACUGUAAACUGUUCCUAGCAGCUGCUACCACAGUUUUUGUGCACAGGGAAAAUGACAUGGGUGUAUGCUGAUUGGUUACAGUAAACCACAACAAAGAGACCCAGCAUACUGUCUCUGUCCCAAGGCUGGAUUUAGUUAUUAGUGUAGCUACGAAUGAGAUUCUGAAUGAUGGUUUCCUUGCUUGAACAGAACCAGGAAGGUGCUGUUUCAUUUAUGCUCCCUAUAUCUUGGAGUUUCAAACUGGAUAUUUUUCAAAACUGCUGAACCACAUAUAGAGAGAGAGAGAGUGUUAUGCCUUUAUCGCUGUGUUUCUGUUGGGUCAAUUCUGCUUUGUUUUGUACAAAGGAUUCUUAGCGUUUAAAGGAACUGUGGCACAAAACACAUAAAAUGAAUAAAUGAUAAACCUUCAUACUUCAUGCUAUUUUACUUUCACAGAACACGUAUCUCCCAGGAAGCAACUGAGGAAUGAGGAUACAUGAUUCAGCAGUUUAGACUGAUUGCAAAUGAGCACAAAAAAAAAUGAUGUCAGAAAGCUUUAGAGAUUUUCCACACAAAGAUGCAGGCAGCAAGUAUAGGACAUUUUUGAAUGUCAGUUAAACUUUGUAUCUUAGUGGCUGUAUAUGCUGUCAUAUCAACAUCUGUUCAAAGGGUUUGCUGGCUGCCAAGAAGGAAUGAUCCUCAGAUGAUUUGUGCCGGUAUGAAUACAACUGUUGAAAAUAGUGUUUUUGAUCUGUCUGUAUGCCGUUCUGUUGAGCUUCCAGGAGCCCUGUGGUGUUUGGGUUGUGGACGGGCUUCGGGGUGGUGGUUGGGUUUCGGGCUCUGUUCUCAACUUAGGUCAUUUGGGGUCGUUUGAUUUUUUUGGUGCCUUAGGAGGCUGGUGACGACGUUGCAAUGUGCAGCACAAAAAUAACUUGAAUGUGACUUUUGCUGUUGGCUGUAUUUCUAUUUCUUUUGAAUGUAACAUGGAUGUAAUGUAUAAAGAAUAUUUAUAUAUGCAGA